AGAAUCUCAGUGAAGAAGAGAUUUUUUUUGCUGGGCUAGAGGGAGAGAGAGAGUUGGAGAUUGAGGAGUCUGGUUUCUUCCCCUUUUUUGGUGGUUUUGUGUUAGGAUUUUGGAUGAUUGUUACGUGUUUUUGAAUGCUUAUUUCGUAAGCUUUGUGAUUGUUCUGGUUGUAGCUCCUGGGGUCUGUUUGAGUUCACAUCUUCUGUUGCUUCCUGUCAUUUGAGGAUGGGGUCGGGUGGGAAUGGGAUGCUUGGUUAAAUGGGAUCUGUUCCAGCCGUUGCUGUCUGUCUGAUUUUUUAGUCUUUCCUGAUGCAAGAGAGAAUGGGGUUCUAGAUGGGUCGGAGAUUAUAUGGUGGUGUUCUGGUUUUGAGGUUUCUUUACCAUUUGGUGGAGAUUUAGUCUCUUUGUUAGGUGAUCUGGAGGGAUGCAACGGUGAGGAAUGGGGAGCGUUUUGAGACCUUUUGUUUGAGUGAAGGAUUCAUUUCUGAGUGAAUUUUUCUCGCAUUUCUUCUUGUUGUUCAUGGUGGUGGAAACCGAAAAGUUAGGUUUGGGGUUAGGGUUUUAGGAACUGUUGCUUUGCAGUCUAAUAGUUGAAAUUAGAGAGCAAACCUUCUAUGUUUUUGUUGUUUUCCCUCUUUUCAUGCUUUUGGUAGUUGUUUUUUUACUGGCUAGGAAAAAUCUUGGCAUAUUCUGGUGUUUGUAGUUCACCUUUAAGUGGAAGUAGGCCUUGAUCGGCACGUGGCGAGCGAAGGGUAUGGCGUCGUUUCCAGACGAGAUCGUCGAACACAUAUUCAGCUUCAUUUCCGGCCACCGUGAUCGGAAUUCGUUGUCUCUGGUGUGCAAAUCGUGGUUCCGGAUCGAGAGAUGGUCAAGGGAAAGGGUGUUCAUAGGGAAUUGCUAUUCGAUCAGCCCGGAGCGGUUGAUCUCGAGGUUUCCGCGGAUCAAGUCGCUCACUCUAAAGGGGAAGCCUCAUUUUGCAGAUUUCAACCUGGUUCCCUAUGAUUGGGGAGGCCAAGUAUACCCAUGGAUUGAGGCCAUGGCGAAGAGCUACCCGUGUCUGGAGGAGAUUCGAUUGAAGAGGAUGGUGGUUUCCGAUGAGAGCCUGGAGCUUCUUUCCCGAUCAUUUCCGAACUUCAAGUCCUUAGUUCUCAUUAGCUGUGAUGGGUUUACUACGGAGGGCAUUGCUGCAGUUGCUGCACACUGCAGGCACCUUCGAGAGCUGGAUUUGCAAGAAAAUGACAUUGAAGAUCACCGAGGGAAUUGGCUCAAUUGCUUCCCUGAUUCAUGCACGUCGCUUGUGCGGCUGAAUUUUGCUUGUUUGAAAGGUGAAGUAAAUGUUGGGGCACUGGAAAGGCUGGUUGUUAGGUGCCCAAACCUUAGGAGCUUGCAGUUAAAUCGUUCAGUGCCUCUAGAGGUUCUUUACCGGAUUCUGUUGAGAGCUCCUCAUUUGGAGGACUUAGGUACAGGUGGGAACUCUCAGGAACCUCACAGUGUUCGCUCUGCUAAUCUUGCCAGUGCCUUCCUCAAAUGCAAGUCAUUGAGAAGCUUGUCUGGGUUCUGGGAAGCUUCUCCACCAUAUCUGCAGUUAGUCUCUCUGUGUGCAAACCUCACUUCAUUGAAUUUAAGCUACGCAGCAAUUCCAAGCAAUGAAUUGAUCAAGUUGGUCGGCCGCUGCCCUCAACUUCAGCGUUUGUGGGUGUUGGACCAUAUCGGAGAUAAUGGACUUCAAGUAGUAGCAUCUACUUGUAAAGAUUUGCGGGAAUUGCGAGUGUUCCCAUCUUACCUUUAUGGUGUGGGUCAUGCAGCUGUAACUGAAGAAGGUUUAGUUGCAGUGUCAAAGGGUUGCCCUGCCCUUGACUCGGUUCUCUACUUCUGUCAUCAGAUGACAAAUGCAGCUUUGAUAGCCAUAGCCAAUAACUGUCCGAGAUUCAUUCGUUUCAGGCUAUGCAUCAUAGAACCAAAGAAGCCUGACUACAUAACCAUGGAACCACUGGAUGAAGGGUUCGGGGCUAUUGUUCAGUCCUGCAAGAACCUUCGCCGCUUGUCCUUGUCAGGUCUACUCACUGAUCAAGUAUUCCUAUACAUUGGCACUUACGCUGAGCAUCUGGAAAUGCUUUCCAUUGCCUUUGCUGGCGAUAGUGAUGAAGGAAUGCAGUAUGUGUUGAAAGGCUGCAAGAAUUUGAAGAAGCUGGAGAUCAGGGACUGCCCCUUUGGUGAUAGAGCUCUUUUAGCAGAAGUGGAGAAGUAUGAGACAAUGCGAUCCCUUUGGAUGUCGACAUGCAAUGUUACUUACCCUGGAUGCAAGUUGCUGGCAGAGAAAGUUCCAAGUCUCAAUGUUGAGAUCAUCAACGAUAGGGAUCUGACUGAGGAGAGCUCGAGUGAUGAUGACCAGCAGGUUGAUAAGCUAUAUAUAUAUAGGACUUUGGUUGGGCCAAGAAAGGAUGCCCCCGACUUUGUCUGGACGGUGUAGACUGAUAUUUUGAGGUCACGGUUGGUGAUUCAGGUGGCUUAUGGCCGCGGCGUCACUUUCUGAAUGAAUUUCUGUAGCAUUUUCUUCUCUCUUUUUUCCUGUAGUAGUUUCAUGUACUCGUUUCUUGGUUAUAUAUUAAUCUUGUCAGGGAUAGAAGAUUCUGCUAAUUUAUGGUUGGGACUUGGUCUUCAA